CAUCAACCUUCACAUCCUACCUACCGACACGAACCCUGCAGUCUUUGGAGCCGCAAAGAUGUCUACGGUUCACAUCAAGUCGGCAGCGGAGUUCCAGAAACUCCUGUCGAGCUCCCGUAUCGUCGUUGCUGAUUUUUACGCCGACUGGUGCGGUCCCUGCAAAGCCAUCGCACCCCUCUACGAGCAGCUUUCCUCGUCGCUGUCCCGCAAGAAUGUCGUCACCUUUGUCAAGAUCGAUGUCGAGUCCCAGAAGGAGAUUGCCUCCGCCUACAGCGUCACUUCCCUCCCGACUUUCAUGAUCUUCCGCGAAGGCAAGACCAUUGAGAAGGUCCAGGGCGCCGACCCCCGCAAGCUCCAAGAGGUGGUCAAGAGGCUGGCGAAGGAGGUUUCCGAGGGCGCUUCAGGCUCUGGCGAGGCGUCCGGCAGUUCAAGCGGAGGCAACUGGAGAGGCGCAGAGUUCCCUCGUGGCUACGGCGACGUCACCGGUCAGAUCGAGCCCAAGGGCUGCGAGCUGCUGAACGCCGACGAGGACUUUGGUCCUGUCAAGGUCUUGUUCGACCCGUCCAAGCCUAGCGCGCUCGCGAAGAAGGAGGGCGUAAAGGAUUGGGUUGAGAGUGGUGCCGAUGACCAGCUCUUGCUGUUCAUGCCAUUCCAGUCCAUGAUCAAGCUGCACACCCUUCAGCUCACCUCUCUGCCUCCUACCGACGAUGACGACGAUGAGGCUCCCAUGCGCCCCGGCACGAUUCACCUUUACACGAACAAGCCUCACAACCUCGACUUUGGCGAAGCCGAUGAUACCCCUCCCACGCAAGCUAUCGAGCUCACGGAGAAGGACUGGAACGCUGACGGCACCGCCAACAUUGGCCUUCGUUUCGUCAAGUUCCAGAACAUCAACAGCUUGAUCAUCUACGUGACCAAGGGUGACGGCGACGGUGAAAAGGUACGUCUCGACCGCGUGCGUCUCAUCGGCGAGUCGGGCGAGAAGAGAGAAAUGGGCAAGUUGGAGAAGAUUGGCGAUGAGGCUGGCGAAUAGAGCGGGCUGGUGGGGCACUGAAAAUCGGUCCGGUGAAGAGACAAGAAAGAGGAAGAAAAGUCUGCACUCGAGACCCCAUGUGACGAGAAUCAUGAAUAGAGCAAUAGUCAUAGACGCCUCCGGUAACAGUUUUGUGCCGGAGGCUCAAAAUCCACAACCACUGAACCAC